AUGGAGCUAGCAGCCUCUAUCGACGCCGCGCCAGGGGCGCAAAAAUUCUUUCUCCGUGCCCAUGCCAGUGCGCGCCAGUACUUCGACCUGGUCGGCGGCACGACGGGCAGGCCCCCCGACGUCGAGGAAGGCGCUCUCGCGUUUCCGGCCGCAUACUCUCUCGUCCCGGCCGAGCAGCUGCUGCCCCUCGCCGAGUUCACGUCCAAGCACGAGUUCCUACACCAGGCGCAGCGGCGCUUCACGACGGUGGUCCACAACAGGAACUGGCGCGACCUCGCAGAGGAGCUCGCCGCGGAGGGCUCCGCGGGAUCGCGGUCUGCUCCUCGCGGCAAGAAGGGCAAGGCGCAGGCCAAGGGCAGGGAGCGGGCGAAGCACGCGGCCUGGCGGGAGGCGGUCCGCUUCGUGGCGGCGAGCCAAGACGGCGCCGGCGCCUUCCUCAACGCCAUCCCAAUGCGGGAUGACAUGCGAAUGGAGACUUGGGCGAUGCGGAUCUCGGUACAGCGCCGCCUGGGCCUUCCCCUCGACGCGGCCUGCCAGGCCGCGGCGCCCUCGACACGCAUCGCGAUCGAGGUGGACGGCCCCUUUCACUUCCUCCUGCCCGACGGCCGGGGCGUGCGCAGACCCAACGGGCCGACGCUGCUCAAGCGGCGCCUCCUCGCGGCGGCCGGCUGGCGGGUGAUCAGCGUUCCAUUCUUCGAGUGGGACGCCUUGCCGACGGCCAGCGAGCGACAAACCUACCUGGAGAGGGCGGUCGCCCUGUCGGAGUAA